CUCUCGACACUCUCCGCCCUCUCUCCCCUUCUACAAUAAUUUAUACCCCUCGCAUUCCGCGAUCUAUAACCCCGCCCGCCCUUUCUCUAUAAGAGGCUAUUUCCUUUUUUUUCUUACCCCGCCAAAAGAAACUGAUAACGCACAAUCAUGUCUGUCGUGGGUGUUGAUUUGGGUUCGCUGAACACCGUCAUUGCGGUCGCGCGCAACCGUGGUGUCGACGUGAUCACAAACGAAGUCUCCAACCGUGCCACUCCUUCCCUAGUUGGCUUUGGCCCCAAGAGCAGAUACCUCGGAGAGACCGCAAAGAACCAGGAGGUCUCUAACCUCAAGAACACCGUCGCCAACUUCACGCGCUUGGCCGGCCGCUCCCUGAACGACCCCGAUAUCGAGGACGAGAGGAAUUUCGUCUCUGCUCCCCUCGUCGACGUUGACGGCCAGGUCGGUGCUGAGGUCACAUACUUGGGCAAGAAGGAGCGCUUCACUGCCACUCAGAUCCAGGCCGCCUUCCUCACAAAGGUCAAGCAGACCGCAUCUGCUGAGCUCAAACUCCCCGUCUCCGACGUCGUUCUCAGUGUCCCCGUCUGGUUCACCGAUGCCCAGCGCAGAGCCGUCCUCGACGCUUCCGAGAUUGCUGGCCUCAAGGCUCUGCGUCUAAUCAAUGAUACCACCGCCGUCGCAUUGGGCUAUGGCAUCACCAAGACUGACCUUCCCGGCCCAGAGGAGAAGCCCCGAAGGGUCGCCUUCAUCGACAUCGGCCACAGCACCUACACCGCCUCCAUCGUCGAGUUCAAGAAAGGUGAAUUGACCGUCAAGGCCACCGCCUGGGAUCGCCAGUUUGGUGGACGUUACUUCGACAAGGCCAUGGUCGACCACUUCGCUGUCGAGUUCAAGGAGAAGUUCAAGAUCGACAUCAACGAGAACCCCAAGGCCCGUUUCCGUGUCCAGGCUGGUGUUGAGAAGCUGAAGAAGAUUCUCUCCGCCAACUCGGUCGCCCCUCUUAACAUCGAGUCCGUCAUGAACGACGUCGAUGUCCGCAGUAUGUUGAAGCGUGAGGAAUUGGAGGAGCUCGUCAGGCCUCUCCUCGACCGUGCCACCAAGCCCAUCGAGCAGGCUCUCGCCGAGGCCAAGCUCAAGCCCGAGGACAUUGACCACGUCGAGUUGGUCGGUGGCUGCACCCGUGUCCCUGCCUUGAAGCAGGCCAUCGGUGAUUUCUUCGGAAAGCAGCUCUCCUUCACUCUCAACCAGGACGAGGCCGUCGCUCGUGGCUGCGCUUUCAGCUGCGCCAUCCUCUCCCCGGUCUUCCGCGUCCGUGACUUCUCCGUCCACGACAUGGUGAGCUACCCCAUCGAGUUCACCUGGGAGAAGUCCGACGACAUCCCAGACGAGGACACCAGCCUCACCGUCUUCAACAAGGGCAACGUCUUGCCCUCCACCAAGAUCCUCACCUUCUACAGGAAACACGCCUUCGACCUCGAGGCCAAGUACGCCAAGCCAGAGCUCCUUCCCGGAAAGACAAAUCCCUUCAUUGGGAGGUUCUCCGUCAAGGGUGUCCAGGCUGAUCCCAAGGGUGACUUCAUGAUCUGCAAAUUGAAGGCCCGUCUUAACAUCCACGGUAUCCUCAACGUCGAGUCCGGUUACUACGUCGAGGAGGUCGAGGUCGAGGAGCCUAUCCCCGAACCCCCCAAGGAGGAGGGCAAAGAGGACGUACGUAUUCCCACUUCUCCCAUUUUUUCGAGUUCCGGCAAACGCAUCGACGAGCACGACCCCUCACCGAUCGCGAAAAGGGCUCGCAGCGACCCUUCUUUUGCUGUAAUUGAUUCUGCGUAUGACUCUAUUCAAAAGCUGACAUCUGACACACAGGACAUGGAUGUCGACAAGAAGGACGAGAAGCCAAAGAUGCGCAAGGUCAAGAAGCAGCAGCGCAAGGGUGACCUGCCCAUCUCUGCCGGCACCGCUGCUUUGGAUGAGGCCACCAAGACCAUCUCCGCCGAGCGCGAGAACCAGAUGAUCAUGGAGGACAAGCUCGUCGCCGAUACCGAGAACCAGAAGAACGAGCUCGAGGCUUUCAUCUACGAGCUCAAGGAUAAGAUCACCAGCACCUACUCUGAAUUCGCCAGCGACGACGAGAAGUCAAGACUAUCCACUAAGCUUGACACAAUCGAGGACUGGCUCUACGAAGACGGUGAUGAUGCCUCCAAGAACCAGUACGUCAGCAAGAUGGAGGAGAUCCGAUCGAUCGCCGGCCCCAUCAUCCAACGCUAUAACGACAAGAUCGAGGAGCAGAGACAAUCCGUUCUUAAGAAGCAGCAGGAGGCCGCCGCCGCCAAGCAGGCCGAUAUCGAGCGCAAGAAGCGCGAGGAGGAGGCCAAGAGGCAGGCCGAGAACCCUGAGCCCAAGGACACCGAGAUGUCUGACGCCGACGCUGUCAAGCCCGACAGCAUCGAGGAGCCCUCCUCUUAAAUUUCGUUUCGAGGUCUCCCAAUAGAAAAGAAAUCGAUAUAGCACAGUGGUAACUUUUUGUUAGAACGGGAAUCAGGCGUUGUGUAGCACCAAAAAAGCAUUGGGAAGCGAUGAUAGGCAUCCAGGUAUAAUGCCAUUGAUGAGGAGGAGGAGGAAUCAAGCAAAUCAAAGCAAGGCUUGGGGUUGUACGCAGAAUCUACAUUACCCUCAUGGGCCUUUUGCUUGCUUAGCAUGAACGCAUGCAUGCAUGAGAAGAAUGUUUCUUUUCGAUUCGGUCGAUGAUUUGCAAUGUUUAAUGCUUCUUAUGAAUAGACCAUUCAGUGAAUAGACACGAUAACAUAUGAAACAAUUGAUGCUGUUAAAUUU